UGUUUGGCACGACGCACUUCUAUGACAGAAGUAACCAUGCUACAUAACAGGAAACGCGCUUAUUUGUUAGCAGCGCGCCACAGGCUUGAGAACAAAGUAGAAGAAAAUCUGAGACUUCUGAUGUAACUGACAAGUACUGACUUCAAGUAAAUUUUACCUACAUUUUUUAUCUCCCUGUUCGCAAACCUUCAGGAUAUUACAAACAAACACUCUUUUCUCCAUGCAUUCAUCUCGCAAAAUGUUCUCAAAAUCCCCCUAUUUCUUCCCAGUUCACCAUUUUCUUCUUCUCCUCUCACUUAAUACAGUUCUCACUUUGGCAACUGAUACGAUCUCCCAAGGCCAAUCCAUAUCUGGAAACCAAACCAUAGUCUCCAAAGGAGGCAUCUUUGAACUUGGCUUCUUCACCCCAGGCAAAUCCAACAACUACUACAUUGGCAUCUGGUACAAAAAGAUCCCUACACAAACAGUUGUAUGGGUAGCAAACAGAGAAAAACCAGUAUCCAAUCCUGCAACUUCUGAACUGAAGCUGGCCAAAGAUGGCAAUCUAGUCAUCUCUCAUUCCAAGCUCCCAGUUUGGUCAUCAAACACAACAUCACCAUCAUCUUCUUCCUCCAUUUCUAUCAUCGCGACGCUUCUUGAUACAGGUAAUCUGGUUCUCAGAGACCAAUCGAAUUCGUCUAUUAUACUGUGGCAGAGUUUUGAUCAUCCAACCGAUACAUGCCUGCCCAAUGGAUGGGUCGGUGUGAAUAAAAUCACUGGGGAAUAUCAAAGCCUUACUUCAUGGAGGAACACCGAGGAUCCAUCUCCUGGGCUUUUCACCAAAACUAUAGACCCGAGUGGCAUCCAUCAGCUUAUUUUGCAAUGGAACAAAUCGAGAAGCUAUUGGCGAAGUGGAGUAUGGAAUGGAAAGUCCUUUACCUUGAUGCCUGAAAUGGAUGGGUACAAUAUCCUCAGGUCCGAAUUUGUCGAUAACAACAAGAGUAGGUAUUACAGCUACAACUUCUCUGAUGGGAUAUUGGGUCGGACUUUAAUGCACUCGUCUGGGCAAGCGCAACAGUGGAUGUGGUUUAAUGAUGAACAAGGAUGGGUGCUGGUCUGGGCUGAGCCACUCUCCCUUUGUGAUAUUUACUCAGUCUGUGGCACUUUCGGUAUGUGUGACAAUAAAGACACACCAGUAUGCAGCUGUCCGAGUGGCUUCAGUCCAACUUCCAUGAGAGACUGGGAGUUAGAAGAUUGGAGUUCAGGGUGUUCAAGGAAAACUCACUUGCAGUGCAAUGAUAGGAACUCGACCACCGGGGAAAAGGAUGGAUUUUUGGCCAUACCCAAUCUGCUCUUGCCGGCAGAUUCACAGCCUGUAGCAACAACAAGCGCUGAAGAAUGUGAAGUAGCUUGUUUGAAUAAUUGCUCGUGCACUGCUUAUUCUCAUGGCAAUGGGUGUUCAAUUUGGUAUGGAGACAUCAAAAAUCUUAAAAUUCUAUCCGAAGGCGAAAAUAGAUCCGGUACUCUUUACCUAAGGCUGGCAGCUUCUGACCUGCCACGGACAGGGAAAAGGAAAUUAAUCAUAAAAAUUGCUCUAAGUGCAACAGUAGCAAUAGUUUUGUUAACCCUUAUGGCAUUGAUAUGGAUCUGUCGAAGAAAAGGUCAGGGGACAUCAAAAUUCCCUGAAGGUCCUUUGGUAUCAUUUACUUAUAAUGAAUUGCGGCGCAUGACAAAGAACUUUUCAGAAAAGCUCGGUGGAGGAGGAUUCGGUUUGGUAUUCAAAGGAAUUCUAUCUAAUUCAGAUUUUGUAGCUGUGAAAAGACUAGAAGGGGUUCGUCAAGGAGAGAAGGAGUUCCGAAAUGAAUUAGGAACUUUGGGCAGAAUUCAGCAUGUUAAUCUAGUCCGUCUACGCGGGUUCUGCUGUGAGGGAACUGAGAAGAUUCUGGUUUAUGAUUACAUGCCAAUGGGAUCUUUGGAUCACCACCUCUUUCAAAAACAAUCCAAGAAUUUAGACUGGAAGACUAGAUAUCAGAUCAUACUAGGCACUGCCAGGGGAUUGGCAUAUCUCCAUGAAGAAUGUAGAGAAUGCAUCAUCCACUGUGAUAUAAAGCCAGAAAACGUUCUAUUAGAUACUGAAUUCUGCCCAAAAUUAUCAGACUUUGGAAUGGCAAAGCUCAUUGGCCAUGACUUCAGCCGAGUUCUAACAACGAUGAGGGGAACUAUAGGCUAUCUAGCACCAGAAUGGAUCGAAGGGCUACCAAUAACACCCAAAGCAGAUGUCUAUAGCUAUGGUAUGAUGCUAUUUGAAAUAGUAUCUGUAUCUGGUAGAAGAAACUCAAAAUUGGCUGAAGAUGGGAGCAUUAGGUAUUUUCCUGUUCAGGCUGCGAGCAAACUCAUUACAGGAGAGGUUCUUAGCUUGCUAGAUGAGGAUUUAAAUGGUUCUGCGGAUGCUUUGGAGCUGAACAGAGUCUGCAGAGUUGCUUGCUGGUGCAUUCAAGAUUUUGAGGCAGAUAGGCCAUCGAUGGUGGAAGUUAUUAACGUCCUGGAAGGGGUUUUAGAGCUGAAGAUGCCUCCAUUCCCAAGAACUCUUCAACGACUUGCAGAGGAGGUUUCUAUAGUUAGUUACUAUGAGUAAUCAGAUGUGCUCUCAUGUACCAGA